AUGUGCCUGAUACUCCCGUCUAAAGCAUUCCGAUGUCCUCUCGAUGUAAUUUCCUUCAACGUACGAGCUUCUGUAUUAGACAGAAGUCCAUUGGUGCACAGCUGGGGUCACCUCAGAGAUGAGGGCCAUACAAUGAAGCUUACACUAGACCAUCUAUGUUAUGGAACCCCUGUGAAUGUCGUGUGGUCUCUUCACUUAAUUCUUGUCUUUAUUGCGCCUACUAGAGCUGCGAAAUCAAUAAGUGACAUUGAAGACUGCAUUGUAACACCGGCGUAUCAAGGCCAGUUCACUCCUCUUCCCGAAGCGUUAUGUGACUGCAUUAUGGACCUCACUUCACAGGGGCAGUCAGCAACACUGGAGAGUAUAAGAACCUCAUUGUCUUCCAAAUUCCCGUCCAUGCAGACACCCUCACAGGAAGUGGUAUAUGACACACUGGCUCAGCUGAUGCAAGAGAGGAAAAUCUACCAGACAUCGAGAGGUUACUUCAUCGUCACACCAGAACGUCGCCGCUCUCGUUCGCGAUCAUCAUCCCGUCAUCAUUCGACAGAGGAUGAGUGCAGUUCCCCUCGAACCAUCCUAAUGUCGGACCAAGAGGCCCUGCAUCAGCUCUAUGGCGAGAUCACCACAGUGCGAGAUGGUGCUGUCACUCAUCAGUGUGUGCAGACCAAUUUGGCUGACGUCAUCUGUGGAGGUAUGUAA